AUGCAGGUGUCCUUUGCUUGCACAGAUCAUGGGCUCAAGGCACCACGGAACAAUGAGCCAACCAAGCAAAACACAGCGAGUCCAAACACGACAAGUGCAGCCCGGGCUCGGUUCCGCACAGUGGCGCUAAUUGCGCGAAGCCUGGGAUCCUUCACACACCGCCACCACAUCUCACUGAAGGAGUCCACAGGCAAACUCACUGGCAUGAAGUACAGGAAUCUUGGGAAAUCUGGAUUGCGAGUAUCGUGUUUGGGGCUUGGAACAUGGGUGACAUUUGGGGGUCAGAUUUCAGAUGAGGUAGCAGAGCAGCUAAUGACUAUAGCCUAUGAGAACGGGGUUAACCUCUUCGACACAGCUGAGGUUUACUCAGCCGGCAAAGCCGAAAUAAUUCUUGGAAAUAUCAUCAAGAAGAAAUGCUGGAGGAGAUCAAGUCUUGUGAUCACUACCAAACUUUACUGGGGAGGAAAAGCAGAAACAGAAAGAGGUCUCUCGAGGAAGCACAUUAUUGAAGGUCUGAGAGGGUCUUUACAGAGGUUACAGUUGGAAUAUGUUGACGUCGUCUUUGCCAAUCGGCCUGAUAACAACACUCCUAUGGAGGAGAUCGUGAGAGCAAUGACUCAUGCUAUAAACCAGGGAAUGACCAUGUACUGGGGGACUUCACGCUGGACUGCCAUGGAGAUAAUGGAGGCAUACUCUGUGGCGAGGCAGUUUAACUUGAUUCCUCCAGUGUGUGAGCAGGCCGAGUAUCAUUUCUUCCAGAGAGACAAAGUGGAAGUGCAGCUGCCUGAGCUGUAUCAUAAAAUAGGUGUGGGUGUAGUGUCCUGGUCUCCUCUGGCCUGCGGAAUCAUCACAGGAAAGUAUGAGAAUGGUGUCCCAGAAUCCUCCAGGGCAGCACUGAAGUCAUACCAGUGGCUGAAGGAUAAAAUAGUGAGUGAGGAUGGAAGGAAACAGCAGGCUAAGCUGAAGGAACUGAGUCACAUUGCAGAAAAGCUGAGCUGUACACUGCCGCAACUUGCUGUGGCUUGGUGUUUACGGAACGAGGGAGUGAGUUCAGUUCUGCUGGGAAGCUCCAACCCUGCACAACUCACAGAAAACCUAGGUGCAAUACAGGUGCUUCCAAAGAUUACACCUCACAUUGCCUCUGAGAUUGACAAAGUUCUGGGUAACAGACCCCACAGUAAGAAAGACUAUCACCACUGA